AUGCAGAGGUUAGGCCAACCGGUCGGAAACGGAAACGAGAAUGGCGAAGGAAAUGAAAAUGACAAUGCUGAGGGAAACGGCGAUAACACGGGAGUUGCUCUGAUGACCUUGACUACUUUUCUCAAGCUUGCGGGAGAGGCCCAACAUUGGUGGGAAGCCGAGUGCUGCUUGCUACAGCUUCAGAAUACCGAUGUUCCUUGGGACGUAUUCCAAACGGACUUCUACAAGAAAUACUUUCCUGAGUCUGCUAGGGAAGCGAAGGAGAUGAAACUUAUGCAGCUGAAGCAAGGUUCCUUAUCGGUGGCAGACUACACAAGCAAGUUUGAGGAGCUUUAUAGGUUUUCUAGGGUGUGUCGGGUUGCCCCAGAGACCUACGAGAGCUGGAAGUGUAUCAAGUACCAAAGGGGCUUGAAGGACAACAUAAUGAGUGUUGUGACUCCUAUAGAGAUUUGUACCUUCUCCGAUUCGGUAAAUAAGCCGAGGGUGGUUGAGGAGUAUGCCAAGAUAGUAGCUGCAUCCAAGGACACUCAUGGAGGGAAUACUUGUAAGGAACGUGACAAGUAUUUUCAUCCGAGGGGUCAGAGUUUCAAGAGAGGAGGAUAUGCGCCUCAAGGACAAGGAGGUUUUAUAAAGAACAUUCAAAAUCAGUUUCAGUAUGCCAAAGGAAAAGGAAAUCAGAGUAAGAAUUCUCCAAAUUUGACUUGUGUACGUUGUGGGUGUUUUCAUCCAUAUGACUCUUGCAAGAUUGAUUUAGGUGGUUGCUUCAACUGUGGAUUGCCUAUUCAUAUUACGAGGAAUUGCGCUCGUGGAAAAAACCCGAAUACAGGUCAGAGUCAGCAUCAAGGUCGAGUUUUUGCUGUGAACACCAAGGAUGCUUCUAAGGCGGAUCCGUUGAUGAGAGGUAUAUGUCUAAUUAGUGAUAAAACCUUAAUUGCAUUGUAUGAUACUGGAGCUUCAUAUUCGUUUAUCUCAUUUGAUAAAGUUGAAGAAUUAGGCUUGAAAGUGCCAGAGUUAGCAUUUGAAUUGCGUGUACAUACUCCGCAUUAG